AUGCAAAUUUUACUUAAAUUAUGGAUGUAUUGUUUACUUUCAAUAGCUUGUAAAGAUUUGAUUCACGGUUUAUCGUUGUUUGAUUCCAUACUAGGGAAUAGAGUUUCAACAGCUAGAUUACAUAAUAUAGUUAGUUUCUCCGGUCAAAAACACAAAAAUAAAACCUGUAGUUCAAACAUCGCCUUUUUACACAGUGGAACUAAGCCUAAUUUAAACGUAUACUGUACACAUAAGGAAUCUCAAUUUUUUUCAGAACCGAUGGGAACUGAAAAAUUGAAGGACUCGUUGGCGACAAACAAAUUUGAUUGUGAGAAUCUUCUCAAAAGAAGGUUCUUUUACACCAGCUCCUUCGAGCUGUACGGGGGCUCCUCUGGGCUGUACGACUACGGGCCUCCAGGAUGCGCCCUAAAGUCGGAGCUCGAGAAGCUGUGGAGGGAGCACUUUGUGGUCUUCGACGAGAUGCUGGAGGUUUCAUGCUCCUGUAUCACGCCGCACCCGGUGCUGAAGUCAUCGGGACACGUGGACCGUUUCACGGACCUGAUGGUUAAGAAUUUGAGUAACGGGGAGUGCUACAGAGCAGAUAAGUACGCAGAAGAACUGCUGGAAAACGUCAUGGCCUCCAAAGAUAAGAACGACCUCAAGAGCCUGAAUAAGAAGCUCGAGGCGCUGAGUUUGCACGAGUUGGACAUGCUGUCGAAAAAGGUGGGAGUGUACACCCAGCCUGAGAUGGAGGAUUUUUUUGCAGAAUACGAAAUUAAAUCGCCGGAAGGGGAUCAGCUGUCAAAGCCGUUUCCGUUCAACCUUAUGUUUUCGACGAACAUAGGCCCGAAGACAGACGACGCAGCAAACUCGCUAGCGUAUCUGAGGCCCGAGACGGCCCAGGGCAUUUUUGUCAAUUUCGUAAGACUGCUCGAGUACAACGGAGGGAAGGUGCCGUUCGCAGCAGCGCAGAUUGGACUGGGCUUCAGGAACGAGAUUAGCCCGAGGAACGGCCUGCUGAGGGUGCGCGAGUUCACAAUGGCGGAGAUCGAGUACUUCGUGAACCCUAAGUCGAAGACGCACGAGAAGUACGAGGAGUUUAAGCACGUCGUGCUGCCACUGGUGACUAAAACUGCCCAGGGCGAGGGGAACUUCGUGCCAGUGAAGCUGUCCAUGGAGGAGGCACUCGAAAAGAGAGUAGUGGACAACGAGGCGCUGGCCUACUUUUUGGCACGGACGUACCUGUUCCUGAAGAGGUGCGGCAUCAACGAGGACGGACUGAGGUUCAGGCAGCACACGGCAAAUGAAAUGGCACACUACGCCUCGGACUGCUGGGACGCGGAGAUCCUGACGUCCUACGGGUGGAUUGAGGUCGUGGGCCACGCGGACAGGAUGGCCUAUGACCUGACCUGCCACUCGAAGGCCACGAACACGCAGCUGGUGGCGCACCACAGGUACCCGGAGCCGAUCCUGGUGGAGAAAGUGAGGGCGAAAAUAAAUAAGCCGCUCAUAGGCAAGACGUUUACAACUAGCCAGAAACUCGUGCUCGACUACCUGGGGAACCUGAGCGUGGAGGAGGGCAGGGCGCUGUCCAAGGCGCUCUCAGAGAACCCGGACGGCCACGUGGUUAAGCUGGACUCGAGGGAGUUUAAGCUGACGCCUGAAAUGGUUCAGCUGGAGUUCGUGGAGACGAAGGUGAGCGACGAGUCGUUUGUGCCGGGGGUGAUAGAGCCCUCGUUCGGGCUCGGCCGCCUCAUCUACUCAAUUCUGGAGCACUCCUUCCGAGUGAGGCCCGUGGACGAGAACGUGCCCGAGGAGCGGAGCUACCUCGCGCUCAACCCCUCAAUCGCGCCCACCAAGUGCUCGAUCCUGCCGCUUUCGGCCAAGGAGGUUUUCGACCCCUUCAUCGCCCGCGUGCAGAGGGACUUGAAGCGCCUGGCCAUCUCCCACAAGGUUGACAAGACGGGUGCGUCGAUAGGCAAGAGGUACGCGCGCACCGACGAGAUCGGGGUUCCCUACUGCGUCACGCUGGACUUCCAGUCUCUGAACGACGACUCCGUGACUCUCCGGGAGCGCGACUCGAUGCAGCAGCUGCGCGUUCGCGUCGACGAGGUGGCCGAGCUUCUGAGCAACCUUCUCCGCGAGAACGUGACCUGGGCCGAGGCCGCGGCGCGUUACCCCAACUUUACACAGCAGAAGUUGCAGUAG